AGAUGCGGAAAGAAUGCCAAUCACCAGGAGCUCCUGCUGAGCGGCUGCCUGCCUCCAUGUGCUACUGCGCCGCCACACGAAACACAUCCACGUGUCGUUAGUGGCACUUUUACAGUAAAGGAGCUGAAACUGAAGCAGAAACACGCGUGGAUGGAGCGUGCGGGGAGUCUCCGCUGGCUCUGAAGCUGGAACCAAACGCUUCCUCUGUCAGACGCUAAAAACAUGCUCCCUCAGGAUGUAGGAAAGCCGAAGCCCCGCCGCGUGUCCGACCCGGUAAGCGUAGGACACGGCCCCCCGAUCCCGCCUCGGCGCUUAAAGAACCGGGAAUUCCCUCUGAGCGCAAAGCGCCGGCGAUCCGGUUCCGCACCCGAGCGCAAAGUGAACUGCGUCCUGGUUGGAGACGGAGCUGUGGGCAAGACCAGCCUCAUUGUCAGCUACACCACCAACGGAUACCCUACGGAAUAUGUUCCCACAGCGUUCGACAACUUCACCGUGAUGGUUGUGGUCGACGGGAACCCAGUGAGGCUGCAGCUGUGUGACAUGGCUGGACAGAAAUGGGGGCUGAUUGAUGGAUCACUCGAUGACGAGCUGGAGCAUCUGCGUCCACUUUGCUAUAAGAAUGCAGAUGUCUUCCUCCUGUGCUACAGCGUGGUUCAACCGUGUUCCUUCCAUAACAUAAUAGACAGGUGGGUUCCUGAGAUCCGUCAGCACUGUCCAGAUGCUCCUCUGGUCCUGGUCGGCACCCAGCUGGACCUGAGGGAGGAUGUCCAGGUGCUGAUCCACCUGGCACAGAACCAGCAACGGCCGGUGGCCACCGAGGAAGGGCAGCGGCUCGCUGAGCAGCUGGGUGCGGUGAGCUUUGCAGAGUGCUCGGCUCUGACCCAGAAGAACCUGAAGGAUGCGUUCGAUUCAGCCACCCUGGCCAGCAUCCAGCAGACUGACAGCAGCAGCAGCAGCAGCAGCAGCAGCAGCAUCCAGCAGCAGAAGCUGACUCUGAGGAAGAAGACACCAGACAAGAUCAAGAGCCUCUCAGAAACCUGGUGGAGGAAGAUCAGGUCUGAUGGGAGAGCAGAGCUGUGACUUCAAGUGAACAGUAACAACCCUGGGUUAAAGGUUUGGUAAAGUUCUGGGUAGAUUUGCUUUGUUUAACAUGAGUGACGAUGCAACUGGGCUGGUUAUUUAAAGGGGUAGUUCAGAUCUUUUGAGGUUUACUGACACAGUCAAUCCUGACUGAGCUGUGCAUUUCUGUGGCACUCCCUCUCUGCCAAGAAAUCAGCUUCACACAUGAGGCCAAAUAAUGAACUAGGAUUAUAGGAAGUAGGCACAAGAGGAACUGAAUUAUUUUAUGUUUGUGUUCACCCUGCAGGAAGGAACAGUCAAAUGAGAAUGGCAGGUACUGUAUAUGUGAUAUCACGUCUGUGUGAGCAGAUCUACAGAUCGUCCAGCGUUGAAAUGACUUGAGUUUGGCCAAUUAAAGUUCACUGAAGUCACUCAUGGUUCCUAUUCAGCAGAGAAAGUCCAGGAGCUCAUACCUUCCAUAUGAUGGAAUUCUUAGAUCUUAGAUCAUUCAUUAGGGUCAAAAGAUUCACCUGAUGAAAUUUACCCCUGCUUACAUCUAGAAUGAAAUAGGGAUAUGUUUGCCAGUGGAAAUGUAUGUUUUUGUCACUGUGUAAUUUCCACACCAAAGUCCACUGUGUUCAAAUGUGUUAGUUUGUGAUUUCAGUGUUGGAAUUCAUCCCUCUUUCAGAUUUACCUCAGUGACAGACUUAGAAAACAAGGCAGCACUCGAUCAGCAACUGCUGUUCUACUGCAAGAUAAAUAUGCAGAUUUUCUCAAUGGACCUUGGUGCAGGAGAGUGAGCCGUUUGCAAACUUCAGUUUCCAGUUAGAAAAGGCAGUUGAGAUACAGUGGCAAAUAUAUUCUUAAAUAAAAUAUCAUAGACUUAAGCUUUCAGAGAGUGUGAAUGUCUGGUUGUCAGUACAGGGGGCGCUCACAGUGCAGUCAGCUCUGACAGUGUCAGUACCUCAUACAACCACACAAACUUUAAUACAAUGCUAUACUUUUUAGUAAUAUAGACACAUUUAAACAUGUCAUACUGAUGUCACACCUGCACAUUAACCAUCUAUAUUUAUAAAUGUUGAUUUAUACAUUUAUAUAUGUAUAUAUUUAAAUAUAUAUAUAUAUAUGUAACUGCGGAAUGUGUAGAGGAUUUAAAAAGAACCCUUAUAUGUGCAAAUAUUUUCAGUAACCCUUUCAAACUCACCCUGACUUUAUUAUCCCCACCCACAUGAGACUGCACAUACUAUAUUUCACUUUAACACCCCAACAUAUAGUGCUUUCUUUGAAUCUUACUUAGUCUGUAAUUUAUUUUAGUAUUUAUUUAUUUAUUUAUUGAUCUUUAUUCUAAUUUUAAAUAUUGUUAUUGAACUUGCCAUCACUGAUCAUGGAGAAAUGUUCAGAAGCCUUGAUUAAAGUUUUUAAUGACUGAAAAUGAUCAUUUCAUGGCGAUCAUUCAAAAACAUGGAAAAUAAAAUAAAAAAAUUA